GUAGACAUACAUUGUAUGCUUGCGAAGCACGCAGUUGCACGAAAGCGCAGAGAUAUCAGGGCACACCAAAAUCACCGAAGGCCCGCAGACGCCACGCAGGCGCCAAGUUUUCUUUUAUCUGCUGGCUUACUAGAAUAACAACAUGACUGCAGCCUCUCCACGGCUCGGCGUUUUGCUGUCGAAAGCGUAAUCGUUGAAUUUUCUCGCGCGCUCCGGCGUGGCACCCGACGUGGGGUGUAGCCGGCUAUGGGAGCUGCGCUUGGAUGCUGUGCACAGGCAGAGCAGCGUGAGGCCACGUAUGCUGUGAAGAGCCAUGUUGCAAAAGCUGAUGGCAACGGGGGCACAGGCGCGGGCGAUGCAGACCUUACUAACGUUGAGGCGGACCACCCCUCAUGGAGGGAGCCCCUGCCCUUCGAGGUGUGCUUCCUAUCCACGCCGGGAGCGCCACCGCGCGACCCAAACACGCUGAUUGGCGCAAGCUUGGAGGAUGACCCCGACCUGGCCACCAUUCUGCGGCUAUGCGUGUCCAUGUUUGCGGCCUCCGUCAGUCUGGUCGCGCUGUUCGACGUGCGGCGAGUCUACGUCAGCUGCAGCACAGGCGGUGCCAUACCGGUCAGUGCCGGUCCCAACCGCUGGCGGUGGACCCGGUGCGCCUGGACGGCAGCGCAGAUUGCGGCGGCGGCGGCGGCGGACGCAGGAGCUGCUGGCGUUGGCGGUGCUGGCGGCAAAGGGAUGCUUGUGGUUUCCGACACGACGCAGGACCCGCGCUUCAAGCAGUUUGCUGCGGGCAGCCCCGGCGUCCGUUUCUUCUGCAGUGUGCCGCUGAUCGGGGAGGACGGCCGGCCGCUGGGCACACUGGGCUUUGUGGAUGUUGCUCCGCGGCCUGGCUUCGACUCGGCCUCCGCCGCCGCCAUGAGCAACUUCACAGCGCUGGUGGUGCGGCACCUGGAGAAGCGCAUGGCGCUCAAGGCCAAGGAGGAGGACAACGAGCUGCUCAAGGCCACGUACGGGCAGCUGCAGCGCACGCUGGACUGCUUCGACCACUGCGUGGUGCUGCUGGACGUGAGCUGCGAGGGCUGGCGCGUGCUGCACGUCAACGCCGCCUGGGCCAAGAUGACGGGCGUGGAGCGGACUGUGGUGGUGGGCCAGCUGCUGAUGGACGUGUUCGAGGGGCCGGACCGCACCCACCUGCCCAGCAGUGCGCUGCUGCAUGCCGCGGAGGAGGAGGCGGAGCUGCAGAUCCCCGGCGCGCGGCUGCGGCUGCAGUCGCCUCUGGGCACGCCCAAGGGCGGCUUCCUGCUCACAUUCCGGCCGGCUGGCGGCGGCCAGGCAGACGACACCGCGGAGGGCGCGGCACAGCAACAACAGUUGCCGGGAGUGCUGCUGGGCUCCACGGGCGCCGGCGAGCACGUGUCGUCGCCCUUUGUGGUGGAGCAGGCCAGCGGGGCCAACGCCGCCGCCGCCGCCAGCCGCGCCGCCAGUCCCUUCUACUUCAUGAAGGUGGACCUGGCGGGCCGCGCGCCCACGUCGCGGGCCAGCGGCGGGCUGCCUACGGUCGGCUCAGGCUUCGGCGCAGGCGUCAGCGAUGUGGUGGAGGGCCUGACGCUGAGCAACCUGCUGGGCAAGGGCAGCUUCGGCUCCGUGUACUUCGGUACCUGGAUGGGCACGCCUGUUGCGGUGAAGAUCAUGGACAGUGACCUGCGCGCCACGCUGGCCACACGUGGUCCCGUGGGCGGGGCGGCGGGGCAGGCGGUGGCGGAGGCGAUUUUGGGCACGCAGUUGCGGCACCCCAACAUCGUUGCGACGCUCAAGUGGGCGGCGCGUCGGUUGGAGCGGCCCAACGCCAAUGUGGUCAUCCGCAGCAAGUACGGCGAAGCCGGCGCGGAGAGCGGUGGCUCGCUGGGGCCCAGCCGGGCGCACCUGGGGCCAGCUCCCGCGGACGAGGCCCCCGUCACGGGGUCCGGCGGGACCGACUCGCAGGAAGCUGCAGGCCCCCUCAGCGCCGGUGCCGGCGGCGCCUGGGCGGUCAUGGACUUUGCAGACCACCGGCUGCACGAGCUGGAGGAUUACGUGGCGGAGGGCGAGGAGGGCGAAGAGGAGGAGGAGGCCGAGUCCGAGGCGGAGGCGCAGUCCGGGAGAGGCGCCCACGCCAGCACCUCUCGAAGCGGCGCUUGUUUGCAACCGGGUCGCAGCUUGCUGACGGCUGGCGGCAGCGGUGGUCCGGCCGGCCUGGGCGCGGGCCCCUCGCUCAUGCCACAGAACACCGUGAAUGACUCGGCGAUGCUGCUCACCGGCGGCAACAACGCCACCGGCAGUAGCAACGUAACUGGUGGCAACAAUGUCUCGGGUGGCAACAACGUCACAGCCAACAAGGCGGGUGGGUUCGGCCGGACGUCGCGCAGCAGCUUGAGCCGCGGCGCCAGUGGCGCAGGGGCCGGCGGGCCAGGCGGGCAGCCGCUGUCGCGUCAGAGCGGCACACCCACAUCGUACGGGCCUUCAGCAACCGCUGGUGCCGUCGCUGCCGAGUCGACGGCAGUGCUGUCGCCGGGCGGCCGUGCCGGCAGCCAAGGGCCGCUGGCCUUGGGUGCAGGAGCACUGGUGGCCACGCCCGAUCGCAACCGCGUGACGGCUGUGAUGCUGACGUCACGCAUGUCCGUGGGCUCGACCCGCGGCGGCGGCGGCAGCUCCACCAAUGUGGCCCGCGCCUUCGCGGCGACCGGCAUCGCGACGCCGAGCGGCGGCGGCGGCCGCGUGUCGGCGCUGGGGCGGGCGGGGCCGCAGCAGGGCAGCAGGCGCGGCAGCUUGGAUCUGGAUCUGACGCCGGGCAACGGCACCGUGCAGACCUGGAUCGUGAUGGAGUACUGUGACAAGGGCUGCCUGCAGGACGCCAUUGAGCGCGGCUGGCUGCGCACGGAGCGGUCGGCGGUGAGCGGGCGGCCCAACAUGGCGGCGGUGCUGGCCACGGCGCGCGAGGUGGCGGCGGCGCUGGCGUACCUGCACUCGCAGAACGUGGUGCACGGCGAUCUGUCCGGUUGGAACGUGAUGCUGUGCUCCGCGGGCGCCGGUGGCGGCGCGGCGGCGACCCAGGGUGACCGCGGCUUCGUAGCCAAGGUGGCGGACUUUGGGCUGAGCCGGACGCUGGAGAUCCGGUCCAAGAUGCAGACGCACAGCUACGGCACGCUGUCGCACAUGCCUCCGGAGCUGGUGCUCCACGGCACCAUGAGCCGCGCAGUGGACGUGUACUCAUUCGGCAUCCUGCUGUGGCAGAUGUACACCGGGCAGCGGCCGUGGGCGGGCCUGACGCACAGCCAAAUCAUCAUGAUGAUCGGCAACGGCAUGGCCCGCCUGAACUUCCCAGCCGCCACGCCGCCAGCCUACGAGGCGCUCGUGCGCGAGUGCACCGCGCCCGACCCCGACACCCGGCCGGUCUUCACGGACAUUGUCAAGCGACUGGAGAGCCAGCUGGCGGGGGAGCAGUCUGUAGACCUGUCCGGCACGUUUUGAGCUGUGCGAAUGCUGCUUUGAAGAUAAGAAUCAGCAUGAUGUUGAUGCGUUGCUGACGCCCAGCGUGUGAGGUUGAGACAAUGUUUGUCCAGAAGUGAGUACGACGUCCGGACGUACGACGGCGCGUUUAAGCUCUCCCACGGCGUCUGGCCAUGUCCCGAGCUCGUGUGUGCGUUUGAGGUCUCGCGAACCACCAUAGGAUGCUGUGCUGUGGACCACACGGACGCACGCUCAUACUUGCAUCUUGGCAUGCAUCAUUACAUGAACACGCAUCCAAGCAUGGUUGAACCCUUUCAGCCUUUUAUAAACAAACCAUUCUGCCCUUGACCCGCUUCUCAUGAGGCGUAGUGUUACUGCUGCAAGAUGUUGAGAUACUUGACAACUGUUUUUGAUCCCCAAUGGUCAGAAGAAUGCAUAUGCACGCUUACGCGUACGACACUGUCGGUGAGGCUCAAGCUGGAUGCAUUGUGGGUGCGCAGACAGGACUUGUGUACGGAUCUCGUGCAUGACUGUACUGGUCAAUGUUGUGGAAUAAAGGGCCAUGGCAACCUCGCUCCUAGCCCUUAUGCUUAGGCCACGCAAGGCACAAGCAGGCAGUUAGCCGCGCGUCUCUGCUCAGUGCUGCUGAUUUUGCUCGAGGUUGGUGCCCUUGCGCGCAUGUUGGGCAGGGCGCUAGCUGAGACGGUUGACGGGUGUGUCUGCGAGUGCAGACGCGGAGCCAGAAGCUUGCCGGGCUCGGCGGAUGGAUCACAGAGGAAACCUUGUGUGCUUGCUACUGUGAGGAUAGGGAGGCAGCUUUCAACCGGGGUCGCAAAUUCUAUUGCUUUGUACUGUUGCGAGAUGCGGUUGAAUGCGUGAUCGCCGCAGAACUUGAGUGCUGAGCGCUGGUUCGUCCAUACCGUACAUGUUCCUGCCUGAGAAUGUGUGUGGCCAUGGCCUCACAUGUAGCAUGAUCUGAGUGGAGGCCGUGUGCGUAGCGGCGGGGAAAGCAAAGUGUGGGCCGCAACAUGCAGGCUUGGGUGCGUGGCGACGCCUGGGAGAUUCGUGCCGCUGGGGGAGACUCUGUUUCUGCGGCGCUGCCGUCAUCUGCUAUUGCUGUGUAUCUGAUCUGAACAUCCUUGCUUUAUGCUGGAGACCCCGUCCGGAGUCUGGGAAUUCCAAGUGUGCCCCGGCUUUGCCCUGACUCCUGGGGCCCUCGUGUGGGACAAGGUGUGGGGCCCUCCAGGGCCCUCUGACCUGUGCCACCAGCAAAAUGCGCUCAAAUACCGCUGGUUCCUGAUUAUUUUUGGGUUUAACACUGGUCGCAA